AUGCCCGGGGCUGCUGCAGUUCUGCUGCUCGAAGUAUAUCUAUUCUUUAAAGGCGCUGCUACUAUCUUAUUAGCUCGCUCUCUGCGCAGCGUUGAGCCGUUAGUGGGAGUAGCGGAAGCUGACGCGGCGUCUAUACAGCCUGCUCCCUUGCCAGCUGCUUCUGAUCCUUCUGCUCCUGCUGCUGCUGCUGCUGCUGCUGACAAGCAGGGGGAUGUGCUGCUGCAGGAGACUACCUCGAUAGGGCAGCGCCGCACAAGGAGGGCUUCUAAGAAGGGGCCCACUUAUAAAUCUACAAGCAGCAGACGCCCUACGAGGAGAACAACAAGAAGAACGAAAAGCGAGAGAUUAUCAAACCCACGUGCUGCAGCUGCUGAUGCAAGAUCGAAGCGGCAGCCUGCAACAACUACCGGAUCGGGCUUAAGACGUACAAACAAAAGAGGGACAGCAUCUCGUAGAGCCCGCAGCAAAGAUGCUGCAGCAACAGCAGCAACAUCAGCAACAACAGCAACAACACCAUCACCAACAGCAGCAAAUUUCUCUUCUGAUCGCCAGAAAGGAAAUACAAACACUACUUCGAAGCGCGCGCAAGACGGCGCUUCAGUGCGUAGGCCUACAAACAAACCCAAGGGCCCCAAGGGGCCCCAGGGGCCCCAGGGGCCCCAAGGACCCCAGGGGCCCCAAGGGCCCCAAGGGCCCCAGGGUCCCCAAGGGCCUGGGGGCCCCCAGGGUCCCGAGGGGCCCCAAGGGCCUGGGGGCCCCCAAGGGCCUGGGGGCCCCCAGGGGCCCCCAGAGCCUAAUGAUCUGGAGGGGCCCUCAAGCCGUGCGGGCACCUAUAAGCCUGUGAAGGGGGCCCCUGGGGGCCCCUGUGCUAAUGGUGAUGGUGCAGCUUGUUUUGAUGAAGAGGGUGAUUAUGAAAGAGGGCCUGAUGAUACGACCCGAUAUACAACCGGGACAGACGAGCUGCAGCGUACAGUGCUGCUGUCAACAGAUAGAGAAGCCUCAAUUAAAUUUGCUGCUAAGCUUCUUGCUGGGGUCUUCGGUAUUGCUGCUCUUCUUAUUCUAGGCUCGCUUCUCAAGAAGCUCAUUAAACACAACCAAGGGUCUGCCCCUGUCGAAGAACCAGACGGGAGAUGGGAGAGGGCUCUUGUUGCUGUGUGCUUGCAGGAAACAGUUGCGUUGCUUGGGCACCAACUUGUUCAUAGAUCUUGUAAGCCUCAGGAAACCUUGCGCUUCAGCUACAAAGGCGUGAGUAUGAAGUCCCGUUUGAUUUCAUACGCUUUCCCCCCAGAGGAAUUAACAGUCGAGGACGUCGUCGAGGUGCUGGAGGAAAUUGAAAAACAAUUAGAGUUAUUUGUUGCAAAGGACCCGAUGGAAAGAAGCAGGUCGGCCUUUAGCGUAUUCGGCCCUCGAGGGUCUUGUGAUAGAAUCAGUGUAAUUGAAGAUGAUGCGCGUGCUGAGUAG